AUGUCCGACGAUCCUGCCAAACGAUAUGCUGAUAUCAUGGGGUAUAAACCUCAUGGACACUUCCUCUACAAGCCUCUAGACGCUAAUAGGAUACCCCUUGGGUCAGUCGGCUAUUUCCACAGGACUGGAGACUGGUGUGAACUUGUCAAUCUGAUGGAAAAAGGCAAUCCAGAAGCAAACGGGUACAAGCCGUUCCGUCACCCCCUGGAAGUGGAUAAAGUGCAGGAGUGUUACUGGGACAAGCAAUCUGGCGAAAGCGAGGUAGGACGGAGCUCCCGGGCCACUGCUGAAGCUUCUGGCGCGAUGGCUGCUGCCCCAAUCGAUGUGUCUGCCCAGAUGAAGCAUAAAACUUCGUCGACCGGCAGUGCAGCCCUCAUUACCGGCUCUGUGGUGCGUUACUACAAGCUAAAGGAUCCCUUCAAGUUUCAAAUAAUGGAUUGGGUGGACGAGAAUGCGGCAGAGUUUAUCAAGUCCCGGCGUCAACGUCACGAAAUCAGAGAUCGUGGGCUGUUCGUGAUUAUGGCUGUUUGGGUCACCGAUGAGUGUGCGGUCAAACUCACUACGGGUAAAAACAGCGAGGUUGAUUUGUCGCUGGACCUGGGAGCUACGGGAAUCGGUAAGAUAGGCGGCGGUAUUGGGGCUUUUGAUAAGCUCAAAAGAGAAGACUGGAGAACAUACACCCCAGAACAGGUAAUUGAAGACUGUUUCCCUCUCGCAACUCGCCAUCAAUAUUGGGACUCGAUUGUUAAUACCGUGCAGGCCGAAAAUGGCCACGUCGUCUCGUUUGCAGGCGUGGAAUACUCUCUCAAAUUUCUCGCGAAGAAACGAACCGUGGUAUGUGCCUUUUUCCUAUGGGAUGCUUGCUGUGGAAAUGAACUGACAGAAACAAUCCAGCCUGUCGAAAUCUCACAGAUGACAAUCAGUCUAAAGGCUCCCAAACCCAAUCUGGAGUACACAACUAUCAAUAAAGAUGGGACCUUGAUAGAGCAGACAGCUGGGGAAGAUAAGACGGCGGAGUCUGAAACCGACAGCGAGGAGGAGGAUGCGGGAGAAAGCGUGUGUAAAGUGAUUGGGAUAGAUGAUAGUGAUGAUGAGGCAGAGAAGGAAAAUGUGAAGCAGCAAGAAUCUGCCAAAAUAAGGCUGAUGGAGAAGCUUGUGCAAAUUCGGCAGAUUGAAAACGAGGAGCAGAAAAAAGAGGAGUUCAGUAAGUUCUUGAAGGAGGACCCACAGGCUGCGGCUGCCACUACCAUGCAGUACCAUGAGGUACAGACAUUUCUAGCAUGA